AUGGCUUCUCUCUUUAACCAAGUCCCUUCUGUAUCCGCAGUUUUCGCUCUCUACACAUCUUUAUCUGCACUUACUUUGGUUCUACGUAACAUCUUCAACGAGAUUGUACCUAAGAAACUCCGUGAUUACGUAACUGCGAAAUUUUUAGACUUGUUCUCUUCUUACUUCCAAUCAAAUUUCACGUUUGUGAUUGAACAAAAAUGGGAUUAUUGCGGUAAUACUACUUUCACUGCGGCCAAUGUUUACUUAACGACACGUUUGCCCGGAUCCUCGACCGGAAAAAUCCUCGUUGGUUCGAAUGAUCUCAAGAAUCCAGCAGCUGAGCCAAAUCUUGGAGUCCCUGUCAAUACAAAGAUCGUUGAUGAGUUUGAAGGGAUUCAUCUUGAGUGGACUCUACACUACGUUGAGUCCAAGAAUAAUUCAUAUGAGAAAAAGUACUUUCAUCUGACUUGUAAGAAGGAGUUUCGUGAGAAGAUAAUGAAAGAUUACUUCCCUCACUUUGCGAAAUCAGCAGCGAAGAUUAUGAGACAUCGCCAAGAUCUCUACAUCUACACUUACGAUCGCGAGGAGCUAUCAUGGGAAUCUGCUAUUUUCGACCACCACACGACCUUCGAGACCUUAGCUAUCGAGCCGGAACUUAAGACCACUAUGAUCGAGGAUCUUGAUUCUUUUGCUAAAGGAAAAGACUUUUUCAAAAGAGUAGGACGCGCUUGGAAACGUGGAUAUCUUCUUUACGGUCCACCGGGAACAGGGAAAUCCUCUAUGGUUGCUGCAAUAGCUAAUCAUAUGAAGUACAAUAUCUAUGAUCUACAGAUUCAAAGUGUUAGAGAUGAUGGUGAGUUGCGGAAGAUUCUUACCGCUACCAAGAACAGGUCGAUUCUUCUCAUUGAAGACAUUGAUUGUGGAGCUGAUUCGUCUCAUAGACGUGAGACUUCAAAGGAAGAAGAUGUUAAGCUCCAAAAGAAUAAAAAGAAGCGUGACCUUGGGAUAUCUUUGUCUGGUCUACUGAACUUUGUAGAUGGGCUUUGGUCGAGCUGCGGAGAAGAACGAAUCAUAAUUUUCACUACCAAUCACAAGGAGAAGCUCGACCCGGCAUUGCUGAGGCCAGGAAGAAUGGAUCUUCAUAUUCUUAUGGACUACUGCACCCCCUUUGCGUUGAAGAAGCUUGUGGUUAUGUACCUCGAAAUUGAUGACCAUGUCCUGUUUGAUCCCAUUGAAAAGCUUGUCCUUGAGGUGAGUGUAACUCCUGCUGAAGUCGCACAGCAGCUCAUGGCGAGUAAGAACAUUGAUAUCGCGGUUAACGGCCUCCUCGAAUUCAUGGAAAACAAGAAGGUAAAGAAGGAAGAAAAUACCAAAGUUGAGGAAAAGGGUGAGAUUAAAGAUGCUGAGACUAAAGAAUAA